UUACUCCAAUUUCCUCAUCUUAUCUUAAUCACAAAUAAUACUUGUAGCAAAACGACACCGCCACUAUACUCCAAAACACAAACAACAACGUCGUUUAGUGUCUCUAGUUCUAAACCAUGUUUAAAAGAAACAGAACACAAAAUCACAUAACAAGAAUCAUCAUCAAUUACCAUAGCUUAUGAUUAAUGAGAAAAUGAAUGAUUCACCAUGUUUCACAGAUUCUUCAUCAUUUUCAGUUCCAAAUACUUUCAUUGGUCUUCUUCUUCUUAACUUCAAAAUCAGAUCUUCAUCUUCAUGUAACAAAAACAACACUCUUCUCUUUACUCCUUCUGAGUUAUUCAGAGAUUUUGUCACAAGAGAAUUCAAUGCUUUUCUUUGGGUUUUUCUUCUUGUUAUCACUACCCUUUUGGUUAAAAGACUCUCUGAUCUCUUCACUUUGUUGUAUAAAGCUAGAAAAAUACCUGGACCUCCAUCUUCAUCGUUUUUUGGACACUACAAACUCUUCUCCAAACAAAAUUUCAAUGAUGUGUUGUCAGAAUCCCAUGAGAAGUAUGGUCCAAUUGUUAAGCUGUGGUUAGGCCCUACUAAGCUUCUGGUGUCAGUUAAGGAUCCAGUGCUAAUUCAAGAUAUGCUUAUAAAGGCCGAGGAUAAAUUACCUUUUACUGGAAAAGCCUUUCAUCUAGCCUUUGGGGAAUCAAGCCUUUUUGCUCCUUCCUAUGAAAAGGUCCAAAAGAGAAGGGAGUUAUUGGCAACAGAACUGAAUGAAAGAUUGAUGACGACUGCUGAUCUGAAUCCUCUGAAAGUUGCAGACUUUAUCAUAGAUCAAAUAGAAAACUUCAAAGUCAGAGGAAGCAUUGGUUGCGAGUUGGUUUCUCAGCAUAUGGCUUUCACAUUAAUGGGGGCGACAUUCUUUGGAGAUGUCUUCUUGGCUUGGCCGAAGGCUGCAGUAUACGAGGAACUUUUUAUGAUGAUUGCUAAAGAUGCUUGCUUUUGGGCUUCCUAUAAUGUUACUCCAUUUUGGAAACAAGGAUUUUGGAGGUAUCAACACUUAUGUACAGAGUUAAGAUGCUUAACUCAAGAAAUCCUUCAACAUUGCAGAAAGAGCUGCAAGAGUUUAGGCCAUAUUGAUCAAAAUGUUCAUAGCGAGGAUGGUGCACAAUACAACUCUAAUGACAGUUUCCAAAAUUACCAUUUCUUUCGUGACCUUAAUGAUCAGCAAAAUUCUAUGGAAGAACCUUACGGGAACAUCAUGCGUCUGAUGCUUCAUGGAUGUCAAACUACAGGUUCUUUAAUUGCCAAUGUAUUGACUAAUCUUGCCGUGCAUCUGGAAAUUCAGGACAAGGUUUAUUCAGAGAUUAGCAUGGUUGGGAAAAACCCAUCAAAAUAUGAGCAUGAAGAAGUUUAUAGGAUGCCAUUGCUAUUGGCUACAAUUUAUGAAUCUGUACGCCUUCUUCCCACUGGUGCUAUGCUACAGAGGUGUUCUACGAAACACGACGUGAGAUUUUCAACUGGCGUAACCAUACCUGCUGGAGCUGUAAUGGUUGUGCCAGUUCAAUUGGUACAGAAGGAUGGCUUCAAUUGGGGAAAAGAUGCAAGUGAUUUUAAUCCAUACCGAUUUCUGUCAAACAUUACAAAAGGAUCAGGUUCUGAAGAACAACUUGAUUAUGGAAUCAGCUCGUUCGUACUAAACGAUCCAAAUGAAAAUGCAGCAUUUCUUCCUUUUGGAUCCGGUACGCGUGCAUGCGUUGGGCAGAAAUUUGUUAUCCAAGUUGUUGCCACAUUGCUGGCAUCAUUACUCAAGAAAUAUGAGAUAAGACUCAACUGUAGCUCAGAUGGUGACUCGGAACCAAUCUUGAAAAAUCAUCUUCUUCAACAUCAUCCUAAUUCACAAAUACUGUUUGUGAGAAGGAACCAGUGAAAGAAUGAGAAAGACAAGUAUACUAUGUAGAUAAAGUUGGUUUUGUAAUUCAAGUCAAUGAUGCAGAAAAACAUCGGUGUACCGUGUACCCUUUAUCUUUCUUCACACGUCAUCUUUUUCCUUUUUUUUUCCAAGAUGAAUGGGGAAGCUCUUCUCAAUAUUAAUGGCUCAUUGUGGUCAUGGAGGAUACAACUUGUGUUUAUGAAUUCAAGUUUUUUUCCUUCCUGUUUUUAAUCACUACCCUAUAGUGUUAGCUUCAAGCCAUGGCACAUGUUUUUGUUGGUUUUUUAAGCACUAAGGGCAUGUAUAUAUAUAAUGCUGCUAGGAGCCAUAGGUUUUCCUUCCCUUUCUCUGGAUGAGGAACACUUUCUCUUUUGAUGUUAUGACUUUUUUACUUCGGUAAGAAGUUUGUUCUUGUAUUGUAUCAUGAUAUUGUCAGAAUAAAAUGUACUUGGAUA